AACCUGGUAUUACCGAUUUGAACACUUUGAUAAUUUUUCGAGGAUUUCAAAAAAGAGCUUUGUACAAAUAUUUAAUCUUAUUACUAGAUAAUAAAACAACAGCAUUUUAUGUGAACGAACUGAAUAAAUUCGCUAAUAGAUCAACUUUUAAAAAUGACGAUGAUUUUUUUGAUAAAUUUAUCGCUUCACUACAAUAUUUAGUUGGCAAAGAAAUAUUUAGUUAUUUCAUCACACCCAAAUCUCUGGUUUUCAAGUCAAGCAUUAGUAAUAAAGAAGAAGAUAUGACAUAUUUAAAAACUUCUCUAAAUCCUUUUGAACAAGAUACAGCAAAUACACAUGAUAAUGAGAUAAUGCUUUCAUCAAACUUUUUCUCAUGUUGA